UCUCCUUUCUUUCUCACUCCCUACUCAGUUGUCGGCCAUCAUUAUUGUUUAUGCAUCAAGUGUAGUAGUAACGUUGACAAUUAUUAUUUUGCUAUCUCAGUGUAACUCUCAUAUUAACUUUUAAUCAUUCCUAUUUUAUCAAUAAUAAUUAAAUUAUCAAUUUUGAGUGUAUUUUGCACGAUUAGUUAAUCAAGUGAUUUUAUAACCUCAAAAGUACUCAACACGUGACACGAGCUUCCAAUAACAACGGAUUUUGUGUUAUUUUCAUAGUUUCCAAAAAAUCACAAUGCCAAGAAAACGCAAAGGGGCUGAUUUAAGCCGCAGUACAAGUAAAGCUCGAAAGUUGCGAAAUAGCAGAUCCGAAAGAACAGAAGAACAAAUCCAGCAACAAAAUACUGAUGCACGUGUCAGAAUGGCGCAAUUGCAUCAAGAAGUGCCAGAAGAUACACGAGUUGAACGCAAUGAAGUCAGAAGAUUAGAACAACGACAAUCACGCCGUUUCACAGUCAAUAGACGAAGAACAAAUGACCAACAACGACAACAGGUACAUCGAGCAUUUAUAUCUGAUUCAUUCCUGCGUCUAGCAUUCCAGUAUGAGCCCGAUAUUGAAUAUUAUGCUCAUUYAAAAGUGGUAAUUGGUGCUAUGGACAAGGAAUGUCCGCAUUGUCAUGCUCURAAAUUCAAAAAUGAGCCAGCUGGGAUGUGUUGCGCGUCAGGAAAAGUGCAACUACCUGAAAUUGAAACACCACCUGAACCAUUGAACGGCUUACUUAUCGGCACGGAUCCAGAUUCUAACGUGUUCCUGAAGUCAAUUCGAAGAUUCAAUUCAUGCKUUCAAAUGACAUCGUUCGGAGCAACAGAAAUAGUUCAAAAUACUAAUGCAAAUGGUCAACAAUUUAAUUCUACAUUCAAAAUCAGAGGCCAAGUUUAUCAUAAAAUGGGCUCACUGCUGCCAAUGCCAAACAAACCACAUAAAUUCUUACAAAUCUACUUUAUGGGCGGCGAGGAUUCCGGAAGCGCACUUGCCAAUCGCGUGAAUGCAC